GCCGCGCCUGCGCACAGAGCCGCCCCGAGACUUAUUUCGCCGAUGGGAGUUAUGUGGCGCCUGGGCUAGAGCGUUCUGGAAGCAUCUGACGCUGUAGUAGCAGCGCGGUGCUGCGUGGCCCUGUCCACCAGCGUGGGGGGGGGGGAGGAAAGGGAUAUCCUUUGGCAGAAUACAGGAGCUAAGCGGCCUGCACCGGGGUGACGUGAAGCGAAGGAGUGAGAACAGACGCACCGAGGAUUCAGAAAGGUGCCUUCUCUCUUUCCUCCGCCUUCCGUAGCGCGGGCAGGAGGGUGCCCCUCCGCUCUCUCCCCCGCCGUAUUGAGAUGGUAUUGCCCUCCUCUAUAAGUACGGCUGCAGGCGGCCCAGGUGCGAUGCCUAGUUCCCCACCAGCAGACAGCCCCUUGCCAGCAGGCUCUGAGGAUGGUUCGAGAAGGCGGCGCUGGGGGCUGUGGAUUACGGGUGGCGUAGGUGGGACCCUGGUUGCGCUGUAUGCUGUUGUCACCCCCUUUGUGACUCCGGCUCUGAGGAGAGUCUGCCUGCCCUUUGUUCCUGCGACUUCAGCUCAGAUUGAGAAUGUCCUGAAAAUGUUACAAGGCAGAAGAGGCUCUGUUGUUGACAUUGGUAGUGGGGAUGGCCGUAUUGUAAGUCACAGACACCUUCCUUCUCUAUUCCUUCUCAAAUAUGUGGUGAUAGCAGCUGCAAAAAGGGGAUUUGAAGCUGUUGGUUAUGAGUUAAAUCCCUGGUUAGUCUGGUACUCCAGAUACCGUGCCUGGAGGGACGGGGUACAUCACAAAGCCAAGUUUUAUAUUUCAGAUUUAUGGAAGGUUUCUUUUUCACGUUAUACAAAUGUUGUUGUUUUUGGGGUACCUCAAAUGAUGCCAGAGUUGGAGAAGAAGCUCAGAGAAGAACUUGAAUGUAAUGCCAGAAUCAUUGCUUGUCGUUUUCCAUUUCCAUGCUGGAUCCCAGAUCAUACAACUGGAGAGGGAAUAGACACUGUGUGGGCCUAUGAUUUGAAACAUUCUGGAGGAUUUGAAGCAAGAAACUUGGAAAUUACACCAGAAAGAGAAUCUUGAACAUCCAGUGUGUUUAUGUACUGAAAUUUUCAGCUUUGACUUCAUUUGUUAGAUGAUAAGUGUAAUGCAACAUAUACCUCAGGGUAUGGAGGACUAUAUUCUCUAAAAUGAUGAUUACUUGAAAACACAGGAAGGUGUAGUUAAAGGAUGUAAUGUGGUUGAAAAAACAAUAUGAGAAAUCGUUACAGAAAUCAAUAACUGCGGUAUGGAAAAUGGAGUAAAACAAGGUGCAGUAAUGUUAAGGGAAACGUGUAAGUUCAAGUACUUGAAUUGGCUAACCUAAAAUGUGCGUUUUUUGAUCCUAUGUAGCAUUUGCUACCGUUUUCAGAAGUGGUGUGCCAUUGGCUUCUCAAAUGAGCCGUAGUUCCCAAAUGUCUUCAUUAGGUAAGCUAAACAAGAGCAGUCAAUAUACAUCAUACAUCCAAGUGAUGCAAGCAGUGUGAAGAUGCUGGUAUUUUGCACUUCAGCCAUAAAUGUGUGUUUUUAAAUGGGAUAUGAUACAACAAGCAAAUAUAAUGAGUAUAUUCAUUAACAAAAUUGCAUCCCUUCAUCAUAAUUGCGCGUCUUUAUUUCUGUAGAGACAAAAGUGCAGGAAUGAGUUCUUGUUGGCAUAGGUCUUUGCAAAUGACCCUGAUUUUUGUCCUAAGGUCUCUGAUUUGGGAUAGAUUUCACAAGUCAUCUACUUGGCCAUGAAUUGUCACCCCUUUGAUGUGCCCAAACCUUGGAUAAGGUAUGUGUGAAACUUGUUUACUUGGGCACGUCAGGAAGACAAUCUCUGAUUUCCAGGGGAAGUUGAUCUGGCUGGCUUCAUUACAUGAGUAGAGCUGGUCUGAUUUAUAGCGAGGUGGGCAAGUUUUCCAAUUGGGCUUAUUUUUACUCUGAGCUGUACCACCUGAGAUCCUGAGAAUUGUGACAUCACUGCUUGGCUUUUCCUUGGAAGUGAAGCCAAGUUAUCCCUGUCACUCUCUUUGAUAGUGAUUUGCAGUGGGGAGUUAUCACUGCCAUAAGGUUGUCCUUUUCUAACGUGGUAACAUGGUUACAACACUUCUGUUCUGUAACAUUCUGCUUACUUAAUCUUUCUUUUGGUUCCUGGGUAAAGUUUGACCAUCCUCACCAGUUAACAAGUGAAAAUUGAAUAAUAGCCUACGUUGGCCCCAUUUAAUUAUAAAAUAACAGAAUGGCUGUAAGGGGCCUCUGAAGGUAACAAUCCUGCUCAAGCAGGGCUGGCUGGUCAGUUGCCCAGUACCGUGUCAGUCAGCUUCUGAAUAUCUAUGAGGAGGGAGACUUUGCUAUGUAGUGACCAUGUAAGUUUGUCAGACCUCUGCAUAUGGGCUAUCUGUAGAACUAAGCUAGAAAAAGGUAGGAAGUUUCACCCAACCUCUAAGCAAUUGUUAACAUAACUAAAAUGAGCUCAGGCCAAGGGAGUUGCAGAGACGCUGGUUUUUGGGUCAACACAAAGCCUGUGAUAUUUCAUGAGCAGUUGAAAAGGUGUAUUUCUUGGACUUACAGUAUCUGACUUGAAAAGAAAUGGUACAGUAGAAUAUCAUGUACACAAAAAGAAGAAAGGAGCAAUUGUGUAUGCUGGAGCCUGCAAUGGAAAGGAUGAUUGCAGUUUUGCAUAUGGUCAGGCACAGCUGUGAACAUCAGGACUAUCUCUUGAAGAAUGCUUAUUACUGGUGAACCAUCUUUUACAGUAUUUCACUGCAAUGUCACAUAGUAGAUCUCGUUAAACUACACUAAACUCUUUCCGACACUAUUUAAGAGAUCUAAGUAUUACAGUGAUAGGACUGGGCUACAGUGGCUUAUCUAAAAUGUCUGUGUUUACUUUAAUAUCCAUUAAAUGGCCAUAAAACUAGAAUCUCAAAGGAUGUCUGAAACUAUUUCUACUAAGGAAGACCAUACAGAAGGGAUGUUAGCUAACUGAGCCAAGAGUCCUUCCCUGAAUAUUUGUAAAGGGGAAGAAGCAAAAUAUUUUGGUAAAGUAAGUUGUGACUCAUCUGUUAUGCUUUGCUUUGACCUAUCUUUCUGCUACUUGCUUUCACUGACAUUCACUUAGGUUAGAUUGCCUGAAAUGAAGCAAAUAUGUCUUCCUCUGUGGUUUGGCUAUGUAUUUGUCUAUUGUAUUAUCAUUUACUUGCCUGUUAAAACAUAAAUCUGAUUUUCUCAGUUCUGCCUUUAAAGACUGGUGUGGACUUCUUAGUUGUCACCUAUUGCUCCAGAAAUACUUGUUGAAGAGAGUGAGGUAGAAUUAAUGAUGUGAUGGCCUGAGCUUUAAGAACAUUAAGUGCUGUUCUCAAGGCAAGGAGGAAUUUAUGAUUGCUUUUAAAGCAAAGCAUGUUUUAAAGCGAAGCAUGGCCUAUUUCUUACUCUAGACAUAUACCUUUUGUUAAGGGUCUACACUGAGAUACGCAGUGGUCUACAGGGUUUUUAUUUCUUAUUAUAUAAAGAAAUGCAGUGCAUUUCUUGUUUUCAUGGCUGAAGUGCAAAACAGAAAGCAAAUUGCUCUGAUUUAUUCAGGGAACUGAGAAAGCAUUUUCUUUUCAUGUUAUUUUUCAGUUUUCUCAAUCACUUGUUAGUAUUUAAUCUAGUAAGGUAUCGAAUGAGCGUAACCAUGGCUUCAGUUUCCCCUGUAUGGAUUAUUAUGUUACUACACUUCCAAUUGCUCAGGUAAUUAUGAUUUCAUUGAUGUGCUGCUUCAAAGUGCCAAUUUGUUACUUUUGAAAACUAAAAAAGCCUUAGAGAACUGACUUAAUCAAAUUAUAGCGCCAGCCUGAAGCCACAAGAGGGAAACCCCCAAGCUAUGCAUGCUGCUGUUCAAAAUUAAGGUAAUUCAGAUGCACAGAAAAAAAAACAAAACAAUAGUUUAUCAUUGAUUGUUUUCUAGUAGAAUCACCUGAGUUUUGGGAGCUACUUGUCCUUACGCAUCUUAGCAGAAAAGAAAUGUUGCUGCAUUGCCAAAUGAGUAAUGCUUUACUGAAAUUCAGUAGAACUCAAUCUGUGUGAGAAUAAAUCCUAGUUCUUUGGGCAGUGGUUUGAUUACGAGAGAGCCAUCUGAUAUGCAAGUUGCUUGGUGUGUGCUGCACGGUCAGUAUGGCUACUCCAGUCUCAACCAAGCUUGUCCAGAUUUCUGUAUUUGUUUUAUGAGCUUUAGGCAUUUCUGUAUUACUAGUUGUUUUCAAGUUCUUGAUUUACCCUCUGGAGUGUGAUAAUAUGCUGUCACUUAAUCUAAUACUGCUCCAAGGAAGCUCAUCCUCUAUCUCUGCAUUGCUGUUUAUUUGUGACUCAUGAAUUGUAGCCAGGUAAGGAGAUGCAGAAUCAAAUUUAGAAUACAGUACUGCAUUUCACAAGGGCAGGUGAAUGAGUAUUAUUUGUGGGGAAAACACUUCCAGGGCCCAGGCUUAGGGAAAGUCUUCUACCUUUAAUAAAGGCUGUGUCUCGUGAGGCACCAGAGAUCUCCUACAUUCUGAAAUAGUAUUGUUUUUAAGACAUUUCUCAUGUGAACAUACUUUAAAAAAAGUUACCACCAUCACAAUACCAUUCUGAGAUCUGAAGAGGAAGUAGGGAGAGGUAACAUCUUGUUCGUCUUCUGUGUUUUGUACUGUGGGGGGAAGAGAGGAAGGGUAUCUAUAGCCAGAGUGCAGCACUUUGAGCCAUUCCAAAAGCAGUCUGACAGACUUGCAUCAUAUCUGUACGUAUUACUCAUUGGAUUUGCACUUUCAUAUUAAGAAUGAGCUGUGGGGAAAUGAGAGUCAGCAAUGAGUCUGAUGCCAUUAUGCUUGAAUGAACAGGAGUUCCUCAUAGAUUACCUCAGACUUCUGUAGUUUAUUUUUAUGAUGGCUUGCAAAUACUGAAGCAUUAUUCAAGGAAACACGAUUCUUUCAAAUAAAUGAUUCAAGAGGGCACUCUAACAUCAGAUCUAAUGACAAUAAAUUCUGAUUUAAGUUAUUAUUCUUUUCCUAAGUUUGCAUAUGUCUAGAUUUAUAAUGUAGCUACAGCCUGUUUUUUUUAGAGAUAGCUCAUUUCUGCCAGAGUUCUGGAAUUCUUGAUUAAAAAUGUGCCUUCAAUAUUUAAUUGUUUAAAAAUCACUCCCAUGUGUGAAAGCUGUAAAAAUUAAUCUUCUUGGUAUUUUUUUUUUGUUGGUUAAUCUUUAUUCAUCCUCAUAUCCUUUACUUAAGAAGACUUUUGUUAGUUAUCGGUUCUUUCUUCAUUCUAUUUUCUGAUUUCUUCCUCUUAUUUCAGCAUUUGCUUUCAUUUUUCAUACUGUCUUCUUACAGUUUUGACUAUGUGUUCUCAUAGGUUCUUCUUCUGUAAACUGGUAGCUUAUUUUAUCAGCAAACCUUGUAGGAAGACUAAGUAUUUUGCAGGAAUGCCCUUUUUCUCUGUAGGUUUUUUUAACAUGUAUUUAACUAACCCCUUGUUUUAUUUAGCUGUCUGUAUGCUGACAUAGCAUGAUUUUUAUUUCCAGUAAAUGAAAGAAAAACACAUCCACCCAUAUGGUAUUUAGACUGAAAAACAGCCUUGGUCUACAACAAUUCUGACUGUUUAGUAGUUAUAAGUACUUAAUUUAGCAUUUUUAUUAUAUUUCAUCACUUGGGAAAUGAACACAGGCCUUUUAUCCAUUCAGUAGUUCUUCUUGUUUGGGUUAUUUGUUCAGGUGGGAUUUUUGCUGAUUUCUUUUUUCUUCGUAUAAUGCUGGGUUUUCUAUUACAGACUUCGGUUGAAAUGUGGAACUGAUGUUUUUGCUGUGAAUUGCUGAGUAGUCCCUGAAAAAUCACUGUAAUACAACUGAAUGAACUGCUAUGAUUGGUUAAAAAAGAAAAAUUAAGUAGAAAUUGCUUUACCAGUAAAUGUGAAGGGAUACUUCUCGGUUUACUGUGUAUGCUGUGCUCUUUGAAAAUAAAGUAGGUUUUGCAAGAAACAAAA